ACAAACAUUGACGUCUUGGAAUGUCCGUAGGACAUAUUAUGGCGGUCUAAAUAAUAACACAGACAAAAUAAAAAAAUGGAUACCUUUAUGUGAAUAUUGAACAAAACAGUUUUAAAAGAACUUGACAGAUUUUAAUUGAAGCAUGGUAGAAAAUGAGGAAAGCUUUAUGGCAUUUUCAACGACAGAAUCACCAGUUUAUGGUGGCAACAUUAUCACAAUAGAGAUACCAGAAGAAGCCAAUGUUCGACCUCCACUGUAUUUUGUAUAUGAAGGUUCUAAUCAGCGACAUAUUACCCUAGGGCAUUACCAUCAAGGAAAAGUUCAGUCAUUAAUUCCAGAACAUGAUUUUGAAGAACAGCUUCAGUUGAACUUCUGUGGUUACCUUGAGAAUGAACUUUGUAUCCUAGCAACAUCAGUUUUCCAGUAUUACAAAGACAGUACCUAUUAUUUAGCCUGGUAUCUUAUUGAUAGUGUGUAUAACAGUAAUUCUUUGGAUGACCUUGAACUUAUAAGAUCAGACAACUUUGACCUUUCUAAUGAAAUCUUGGAUACUCUUGAUGACAGACUUUACACUGCAUUAACCCAUUUAGAAGUACAAAUACCAGAACAUUGGACAGUGAUUGGUGAUUUUAAAACAACAGAUUUAACACAGCCUCCAGACAAGUCAACUUUAUUACAUUUUACUGCACAGUUAGGAUUGAUUAGAGUGGCAUCCUUUUUCCUGGAUAAACCUGGUGGUGAUAUAGCGUUGAAAACGCCAAAUCGCCAUGGUUACUUGCCAAGAGAAAUAGCAGCAGAGCAUGGAUAUACAGAACUUACAGAAUUAUUAACUGAAUACAGUCAGAAUUUUGUUCGAUUCGAUCGUAGACCAAUUUUUCAUCGCCAUGGUAUUAUUCAUUUCCAAGAGAAUGGUGAUUAUACAUUGACAACUUAUCUACAGAAACCUAUAGCGGAAGAUAUACAUCUCAUACAAGCUUUUGUCGACAGUAUGAACCAAAACAAUAGUGGCUUAAUCCAAAGCCAGACAGACUGGCCAGAACAGCAAGCAGAUAGUGGUAACAAUUUGGAAGAAAAUGCAGAUUCUACAUUAAAUGAUAUCCUUCAAAAAUCAAAAGACAUUCAUGUUGCCAUAGAAACAUUAGGGGAUUUAGAUAAACCUGAAAACAAGAUGGCCGAUCAGGAUGGAACUCAAGGUGACCUUGACAGUGAGAGAAGGGCAUCGAUUGAGGGAAUGGAAUAUAGCACAAACAAUAAUAUAGAAGCCAAUGCUGGUUAUGAAGGAAGCCUAGCUGAUCUGCAUGGAUUUAACCAACAGAUAUUUCGUUUGAGAGAUUACCAUAGAAACAAGUUUAUACAACAGGAUGUAAGGAAAGAUAAAUUAUCACGGAACAGUAGUUCAUGUCCGUCUUUACAAAAUCCUGAUUCUGAAGUUGCUCCUGCCAUAAAUGUGAAUGAAGGGCACCAUAGUUCUAUGCACAAUCUGGCCAAAGAUGAGGAACAGUCAGUACUGGCCGAGGAGUCCACCCCAUAUAAUGAAGAACUCAAUUCAGAUAUUCAAAUUGUUUCGGAUGAUGAUUCUAGAGUACAAAUUUGUGUAAAUGGCAUCACUCUUGAUAGUUCUGACGAUAUUAGAUUGGACACAAGUCUUAAUAGAUUUAUUAAAGAUUAUUAUGGGGACAACACCCCAGGAGUAAGACGCAGGAGUAGCUGGUGUCCACAAACAUCAACCAUCACCGAAGAUCUUCAUAACAAAUAUGUCAACCAGAGUUCUUUCUCGCAGGGAAAAAGAGAUAUAGACCAGAGAAGACAUGCCUUCUAUGCAAGUUUGAACCAACUUGAUGGAGAUGAUUCAGACGAUUCCUAUCAUGAUGCCAAGGAAGACAACAUAUCAACCAAUCGACAAAAUCCAUUAGACAUGGAUGCUAUUAGUAUAUCACCUUCAGAAUCAGGCUGCUCAAGUCCUUUCUAUAAAGAGGCUUCUGAUGAGAGAGGUUAUGAGCAAGGGUUAACUGGAGAUUCCCUUAUUGGAACACUUUACCAUUUACAACAAGAACUUGUUACUCCAAGAGACAAGAAAAAAACUCAGGUACGGAAUUUGUCCGAGGAGAUUAAUCAGAGUGGCGACUCUGAAGAAGAGAAUUCUAAAUUGACUGUUCCUCAACAUUCCAGUAACAUGACUAAAGCACAGUCAACACCUUCAAUACCACACGCUGUUUCGACAAGUGAAAAAUUGGGGCAUACUCGGGAUCCAAAACAACCACACCAUAGAUCCUACUUAUAUAUACAAAAACUCAUUGAAGAACAUGAUGCUCAGUUCCGUCGUCAACGGGAAAUCGAGGAAGAUGACGACGAAAAUACAAACAGAAUGCUGGCACAAGAAGAUAGAAAUAAGAAAUCUAAACUUUCAUUGUUAGAUUUUCUUAAUGACUCAAGUUUGAAUGAAGAACAGAAAUUAGCAAAGAAAGAAGAGAAGAAAAGAAAAACCAGUGUCUUCUCUCGGAUAUCAAGUAGCUACAGAACAAAAAAGCAUAAAGAUAAAGAAGGUAAAGGGAAGAAUACACACCAGUUUGUGUCUGUAUCAGUCAGCAACUCUACACCAUGUGCUGUUUGUAACAAAUCAAUGGCUAAUAAGUUAGCCCUUAGAUGUGAAAACUGCCUUAUAAAUGUCCAUGAAAGUUCUUGCAAAGAACAAGUGACUACCUGUGGCAGACUUGGGGGACCAUUAUCUACACAGAGUAUGAAGAAAAACAAACAACCAAAGAGGUCGUCAUUUUAUAGAAGGAAAAAGCUUCCACCAAGAGAAGGAGGAGAUCACAGAAUGUUAAAGGAGAAACAACACUCAGCAUCUUCAGUAACAGGCUUACGCCACACACAGUCUUUCAAGGACAACCGUUCAGCGUCUGCACCAUCUCGUUCACAGGUAACCUCAACACCUCUCAGCGCUAGCAUAGGCUCGUCAAAUAUAUUGUCUUCUAUUCCUGACUCAGACCCAGAGCUUGAGCUAGAGAAUCCCAACGUGAUACAUCGGCUUAGUUUGCCACCGUCUAGUUUAUCAUCACAGCUGGUGCAAGCAGGCUAUAUACCAUGGCGUAAGGCACACAAAUUUCACAAUGUCCAUAAGCCAAUCGAUGAAGACUUGGAACAGGAGACAUUUAGAGGAGUUCUCCUUCAAGGAUCCAGUACAGAUGGCCCUCCAGAAUCUCACGAGUCAUCUGACGAAAUUGAUGCACCAAGUGAUAGUAGCAGUGUACACAUAACUGACGACUUUUUAUCUGUAUAUAAAGAAGAACCAGAACAUUGGAGUGUUACAGUAGAUAAAAAGAUUUUAAAGAAAAUGAACUCGAAAGAUAUAAAACGACAGGACACAAUUUGGGAAUUGAUACAAACAGAAAGACAUCAUUGCAGAACACUUAAAAUUUUACAGAAGGUAUACAGUCAGGGCAUACUUCACGAUUUACUGAUGCCUCCAGAAACCGUUGACAAAUUGUUCCCAAAACUAGAUGAACUUAUAGAUAUUCAUAUGACAUUCCUUCAAAACUUACAAGAUUUACAGAACAAACGACCUGACCAUAGCGUGGAAUUUAUUGGUGAUACUUUAGUUAGACAGUUUAAUGAUGAGUCAGCAGAAAGUAUGAAGAAAUGUUAUGGAGCAUUUUGUGCCAAUCAAAAAGAAUCAGUGCAAUUUUAUAAAGAUCUUCUAAUUAAAGAUAGAAAAUUCGUUACUUUUAUACAGAGAUGCAGUCAUCACAGUUUAUGUAAAAAGCGUGAUAUUCCAUCAUUUUUACUGUUAGUAACUCAACGUCCAACCAAAUACCCAAUACUCAUAGAACAUAUACUCAAAAGUACAAAAGAUAAGAAAGACCGAGAGAAUUUAAGUAAAGCAUUACAAUUAAGUAAAGAGUUACUUCAAGGAAUCGAUGAACAUGUUGAUGCAUAUGAAUUAAAACGAAGACUUUCAGAAAUUUACCAGAAACUGGAUUCAAAGUCCUUUGCAACAUACAAAAACAGAAAAUUUAAGAGAUCAGAUAUAUAUUCGAACAAUAGAAGUUUAGUGUAUGAUGGUCAGGUCCACAUGAGAAGUGCUAGAGGAAAACAUACAGAAGUAAUAUGUGUAGUUUUAACAGAUCUUAUAUUUUUCCUGCAAGAUGUUAAUGGAAGAUACAAUUUUCAAUCCCAAGAUGACAAGUCCUGUGUAAUACCUCUCUUUGAACUGCUGGUCAGGGAAAAGUGUGACACUAGAGAUAGUCGUGGAAUAUACCUCAUAAGUCAUAACAAGAAGAAUCCUGAGAUGUAUGAGAUAGUGUGUAAUACAUCAACAGACCGACAGAAAUGGAUAUCUAUAUUACAGAAAGCUGCCACUAACUGUCCCCCAGAUUCUGCUGAAGUUGAUGAGGAAGAUAGUGUAAGAGAAGAACAAAGAAGAUUGACGGAAUCAAGGUCAGCUAAGGUCAAUGAAAUCAUUGAACAAUUGCAUAAAAAAGAUUACGAAAUAAAGCAGAUUUGUGAUGACAAAAAUAAACUAAUGGUAGAACUGUUAGAAAUAUACAGCUGUAGAGAGGAGAAUAGAUCUCAGAGACCUGGUUCAAUGGAAGACGAAGGCACUGAACAUAUGGAAGCACUGCAGGCAGCUCUUCAAGAAGUUUCAGUGACUGCAUCACAUUUAACCACAAUACUACAAGGAAAUAAUGGAAAUGGUUCUCAGCUAAGUCGUCAUGUCAGUAGUGUUGGGGAACAUUUCAGUAACUCCUACCAAGUACCACCAGUGCCAAAACGGGCUGAGACAUUUGCAGGAUUUGAUAGUCAGUUUGAGGUGCCAAAAGCUUUAUUACCAAAGAAGAAGCAAAUAUCAGAGGAUCAAGAACUUGAAGGUCAAACUUCAAGUAGUUUACAAAAUUUAGAUAGGGCAGUAGAUAGUGACUCAGAGUUAUCUCAACUUGCCGAUGUUUCUAUGGCAUCAUAUAAGCAAAUUGAACAUGAUGACUCUAUGGACAGUAGUAAAGUGUAUGAUAGAUACAGUAGUGAUAAUGGUUCCUAUGGUGAUAUGUCUGGUUCCUCUACAUAUUCAAUGUGGGUGUCAGGCGACCAUGUCCAUUCAAUAGCCCAGCUCUCAAGAUCUCUUCAAAGCAUUGUACAUUUGACAGAAAAACAAGUAACAGCAGUAGAGAGUCUAAGGGCACAACUGGCUGAGGCAAACGAAAAAAUCAAUAAUUUAUCAGCGGAGGUUCACGAUAGGAAAGGAGGGUUGAGACAUAAUCAAUUAGAGGAACUUCGUAACUUACAGGAAGAGGUAAGGAGAGACAGACAGAAACUGGAGAAAGAAAAGGAAAGAGAAAGAAUGGUGAUAGAACAUGAAAGAACAAUUCUUGAGGAAGAGAGGAAAGAACUAGACAAAAAAGAAUCUGAACUUCAAAAUCAUAGAGAAGACUUGAAGAGAAAAAAAGAAAUGUUACAACGGCAGCAAGACUUGUGGGAGGAAGCUCAUCAACAGAGUCUAUCUAAAAUAAGUAGUUCCCCUGGAAUGACAAAUAAUGACAUAGAAACUCGACCUGAUAAGGGUCGAAGUUCACCUGCAAAUGUAGAAAGUAAUAAUUCUCAUCGAAGAUCAGCCUCAGCAGACUUUUGUCAAUUGAUUGAAAAUGACAUGGAAAACUUACGACAAGGACAUUUAAAGACGAGUAGACGUGGAACAGAUGUUUCAAGAUCAGACUCAAGAGCAUCUAUUCCUAAUUCUAGUUUUACAUCAAAUAAAAUGAACUUGCCUAUUCAUUUAAUUAGUGCUAAGAAUGAACAAAAAGUGAACCCCAUUAAUCCACAGCAGAUUCCAACAAAAUUAUCAGGACAAAAUUCAGCGUCGUCUUUAUCACAUAAACUGCCAUUUAAACUGGCAAGUAGUAAUAGUGCUAGUUCCCUGCCUACACAAGGAUCCAGUAGUCAAUUACCGACAAACGCCAGUAGUUCUAGUCUGAACCAAAAAUCUUAUACCUCAAAUCGGGCAAAUACAAAACUACCAGGACCUUCACAGUUGAUGGGUGUGAUGAAACUGGCUCAGCCUGGUGGCGCCAAAGGAAAAUCUCCGGUUUCUAAUGUUUCAUCAGAUGGUAAACAAGGAUCUCCCAAACAAGACCAAAAAGGAAAUAAAUCAGAUGGAGUCAUAUAUUUUUAACAUGAAUAAGAGGGUUGGAAUAGCAUAGGAAACAGGGAUGCAGAGCAGUUUAACUGACUCAUGUUAGAUAUGAAUUGACUUGUUGAGGAACAUGUGAUAUUAGACAUAACUAUAUUAAGUUAUGUCAGACCCAAAUGUGACUUUAAAGUCUGCUUACCAAUUAUUGAGUGUAGUAGCAGACGACAGAAUAUGUUAAUCUCAAACUUAAAUCAUGCUGGACAUGAUUUUGCUGUUUGUGUUCACUGAUAUAGACUAUGAACAGCAUUUAUUUUACAUCAUUGUGAUAAUUUUAUCAUGUAACCAUAGUAACCAUCUAAGGGAGGUAAUGUAGAGGUUUUAUGUGCCAUAUAUAUUUUCAAUUUUGUUUCAAAAAUGAAAAAGUUUGUUUUGUUUUUUUAAGUAAGCAACUUUUCAUCAGUAGAAUUGUAAAAAUAUGUUAAAAUUAUAAAAAGUUUUCUUGUCUGUACUUCAAACAUCAUAUUGUACGAGCUAGAUGUUUGUAAUUGUAGAAUUUAAUUGUGUAAAUUUUCAGUUUACUAAUUUGGAUUUUUAUUUUUAUAAUCACAAUUAGAAGUUUUUUCUUGGAAUAAAAUGGGAUAAAAAUAAAUAAAACUAUAUUUUGAGAAAAAAAAUUAGUUUCACAAAUAUAUAUAUAUAUAUUUUGAUGGGUCUAUGAAAAUAUGAGUUUUUAGAAAAAUAGAAGAAUGAAAGGGAUUUUUUUAAGAAUGAAAAGUCAAUUUUUGAAAUUAUGUUAGGUACAUGUUUAAUAUAGGAUUGUUGAUUUUUUUUAUAAACACUUUGUAGCAACUGGUUUGCACAAUGUUUUAUUAUAAGUACAUUAGGUGUUUAACUGAAAUGAAGCCGGAAUAAAGCACUGAAUUUUCAAAUGUGAAUUUUCUAAAUCUCAUGUAAAAAUAAAUCUAAUUAAACAAGGUUAUACAAUUUCCCAGUAUGCAUUUUGAUGACAAUUUGACAGCCUUUAUGACUAAUUUUAUGAUAUAGCAGAACAAAUAACAAAUCGGAAACAUCAGAACAUAUUCAUAUACAGAUAUGUUUAUAAAGUCAGGUGAUAACUGAUAAAAAAUUGGGUUAAUUCCAGAUUUGACAUUCCUACAUAUGAAGUAAAAAAUUGUUUUUAUGGUUUUGUUUUUAUAGAAAUUUUGGAUGUGCAGCAGUGUUUUUUGUUUUGAAUAGUAGAUUUUUGAUACAUUUAAUUUCAGUGUUGAUUGUUAAUAUAAAAGUGCUAAUUCACUAAAUGUUGUUGCAGGAAUUAAUCAAAUCUAAUUGAAUGAUUUGUUCUCGGGUACUACUUUUCAUAAACAUUCCAUUUUCCAUGUUUUUGCUCUCAUUUAUCAUAUUUUUAAUGGGUACAUAUGAAAUUAAAUUUGGAAUUAAGAAAAUAACAAAAAACAUACUUUUCAUUAUUUUCCGUUAAACUAAAACAAAUAAUUUAUGAUCUUUGGUUUUUUUUUUUAUUGUAUGGUACCCGAGAAUUAGCCAAUACAAAACCAGAUUUGAAAAAUCAAUUGUUGCAAGAAAAAAAAAUCAUAAGGCAAAAUAACCUCUUAAGUAGACGAGGAUUGGAUUUAAGUUCCAGGGAUUGAAUCAUGUUUCUGAUUUUCUAUGUACAUUGUAGAACAGACAUUAUUUUUUCUUCAAAAAAUGGCCAAAAAUAUUAUAGGAAUCAUGAGAAAGUGUAUAUGCUAGACUGAAGUGUACAAAGUAUCAGGGAUAACAUUUCAUUUGUAGGUCAAUAUUUGUAUAAAAUUGUAUAUUUUUGAUAGAUCAGUGUCUUCUCCAAACAUCCAUGAAAGAUGCUUGACAUCAAAUAUAGUAUACUGAUACAGUGCAAUGUAGAAAGGCUUAUUUAUUACCAAACUUUACAUGUAUGUAAAUACUCAAAACUACCAGAAGUAAUUCACUAUUUCAGAAUUUAAUGCAUUCUGGGUAAAAUUUUCAAAAACAUACACCAAAACAUUGUGAUUGGCUAACAACGUUGUAAACAAUGAAAAUUCAACCAAUGAUAUGAUGCUAUUUUCAUUUUGGGAUACAAACAAUGGAAUUACCCAUGAUCCUUUAGAUUCUGAAUUGACUAAUUGUUCACGGAGACAAAGAAAUUCCUCUUCUGUAAACAAGAUUAGAUUGUUUAACAUUUGAGAUAGAAGAGCAAUGCAAUUUGCUAAACUGAAAAAUUAGGCAGAACAUCAAGAGAGAAUUUUUCGAAAUUUUUUUAAACAUAUUGUUUAGUAUUAUUUAGUCUGACUUACUAAUGAGAGAAUUAUAAUUGAAAAGUAUAUCAGUUAAAUAAUAUGACUUAUGUGUUAAUAUUUUUUUUUAUAGUAAAAAUGUUCAUAUCAUCUAAGUUAAUAGAUAUUACUUAAUUUAUUACCAUAGCAAUAAAAGCAUUAUUGUUUAUUAUUUAUUGAUUUAGGAUUAUUACGAAAUAGUCCGAGUAAUUAUAUGAGUAAUUUGUAUUUUCGAAUAAGAGCAAUUUAUGGAUUUGCUUUAAUUGUUUGGUGUCAAUCACUAAAUAUGGACUUGUAAAACUGAAUGUCCGGAUCUAAUCUAUUUUGAUUGUUAAUGGUGUAAAUACCUGAUAUUAACCACUUUCGUGACCCUAAUUUCAGGGUUGAUUAAUUAACAUUGUUAUUUUCCCAUGAUAACUUUAUACAUUUUAUUAUUAAAUGAUUAAAAAUAUUGGUUUUUAGUAAAGGUGAAGAAACAA